AUGGACCGCAAGGAUCUAGAAGGUGGCGACAAGCCCUCCAGAAACGGCCACAUGCAGGCCCGCGGCAUCACAAAGACGGAGUCCGUGACCAUGGGCGAGGAGAGGGAGGUUUCAGCCGACGCUGCCAAACUCAUAGCCAUGGCCUACAAGCCCCAGAUGAAGAGGGAGCUGAGCACUCUACAGCUCGUCGGUGUUGCCUUCAUGCUGGGCUUGACCGGCGGCUUCUCGGCCGGCGUCGUCAUCGGCGGCUCUGCGUCCCUCGUCUACUGCUUUAUCAUCGUCGCUAUCUUCAACAUCUUCUUUGUGACUACCCUCUCUGAGCUAGUUAGCGCUAUGCCUAACGCUGGUGGCCAGUACUACUGGGCCACCAAACUGGCCCCCGCGGAGCUUGGUCGUGUAUUAGCCUACUUCACUGGAAUCUGCAACCUCUCUGGAGGUAUCCUGGCCUCUGCCGGUGCCACCGUGUUGAUGGGCCAUAUGGUCUUAGCUUGUGCAAGCUUGCCCACCCUGUGGCACCCCUAUCUGAUCGGCAUCGCCUUCAAUAUCUCGACUUGUAUCACCAACAUUAACAAGGACAAUGUGGCCAGAAGCUUCUCGAUCGGCAUGCUCAUCAACAUCGUUCUUUGCACCGCCGUCAUCACCGUUAUCCCCGCUGUCAGCCCAUCGCACCGGGAGCCGUCCCUCAUCUUCGCCAGCGUUGAAAACAUCAGCGGCUGGAAAUCCAAGAUCCCUUCAGUUACGAUUUUACCGCUCUAUUAUAUGUACCAAUUUUACUUUGUUUUGGAAAAAUUGGUUCUUUGA